AUGUCCACCUUCCUUGAGAGGGUCCAGGGUGGGGAGAACGCGCGAAUUCUAUCUAUUGCUCUGUUGGCUUUAACAGUUUAUGAAUAUGCAAUCACGCUGGACGACGAAAAGAAGUACUUCUGGAAAGGGCCUUAUUCCGUUUCGCAUUCACUCUUUUUCUUCAACCGGUACUUCCCUCCUGUGGUCGUCAUCCUAGCGGUUGUUUGUUUCAUGCUACUUUCCUCCUCCCCUGACAAUUUAUUCGUCCAGUUCUGCAAGACGACCAUUCAACUUAACUUUCUUUUUGGUUUAUUGGCAAUCGGCGUCAUCCAAGUGAUCCUGAUUACUCGCAUCUGGUUCUUAUUCCCUGGCGAUGCAUUGGUUCGCUCAGUCCUUACCAUGGGGUUUGUCGUCGCGACCGGCACGUCGUUCGCCUUUCUAUACAUCUCGGUCAAGCAGAUCCCAGUCUUCCCUCCAAGACAAAACCCAAACGUAUUCAUCCCAGGAUGUGUGGCUUCGAUUCCACCCCAGUUUUGGAGGGUUUAUCUUCCGUCGUUGGUUUUACAUCUUCUUCUUUACAGCCUGACCAUACACCAGGCUCUUACAAAUGACGACUUCAAGAAGCAGAAAAAUCUCAGGAAGCGAUUGCUCGAAGACGGUGGAGUUUUCUGCUUGAUUGUUCUACUCUCUGUCGGUUUUAGCUCGGUUGGGUCCUUUUUAACAGAUGUUCCCCAGUUAAAUAUCCCAUCUAUCUUCUCUCCCGUCAUCGUCACCUGCACGUCCCUUGCUACCACCCGCAUCAUGUUCAGCCUCCGUGCCAUCACGAUCGACGUGGGGUCUGAUUUCGAGUGGCUGCCGACGCCAACGCCGAUGACUGCAACAACUCUGAAGCCGCUCUUCAUAACGUACCCCAAAGGCGUCCCGGUGGCACUGGUUUCUGAGAGCCCUAUGACUCCAUACGAGAAAGGGCACUUGACUUCCACCUGGAGUCCCAUGUCGCUCCAAACCGGACAAGCAGAGAAGAGCUUUAUGCCCCAGAUCUAUGAUGAAGAACGGGGGUUGGGUGUGAAGCAGGCGUUGGGGAGGUCCGUCCCAUUUUCAAGGACCUUCGUUUCAACCAUAACCGCCACCGUAAACCACCCCCCUGCCAACCUCGACCCGCCCCACUAUCAGCAGCCUAACAUCAUGGCAGCAUACAACAGUUACACACCUGAGCAAGCCCUCUAUAAAAUCCAACAAGCCCUCCAGGACACUUGCGAGGAGCUCUUUGACCAUAAAUUCUUCAAGGAAGUUGACAAUGGCCACUACGCCGAACAGACCUUUGGCCCGUACCUCCCUUCCGACGCCGAAAUCACUGGCUUCCUGGACAGCGCGGGGGUGUACUGCAAGCAGCUAGAAUUGUGGCACGGCGGACACCUCGUACCCAGGAGCGCCAUUCAAGUCUUCCAAAGUAUUUUUGAUGCGGUAAUCAAGUACUUCGGAUGCACUGAACGGCAGGUGCAUAGGGUGCACGAUGAGCUCGUUCAGGUACACCUGCAAACGAUUGCUGAGGCGCCGAAGCUUCCCAUCGUAUUGUCGACCGCGCCUCAAAUUGUCGUCGCCGGUACCGACGCUAACUUCCCUCCAAGGAACAUCGACCCAGAAGUCGAAAGGGUAGACUGGGACUUCAUCCGAUCAAACGCGGCGGGUAUUUGUAUGAUCAAGUGGGAGGAUGAGUUAGAAUUGUGCCUCGAUAAAAUCAUACUCGAGGCGGCGUACUUCGCGCGCCAAGCGUUUAUUGCGUCCAGCAAUCGCGUCUUUAUCCACAUUCUUGUCAUCGCCGGACGGAAGGCUAAAAUGCUACUCUUCGACCGUGAAGGCUGUUUGAUGUCACGAUCAUUCCAGAAUAACGAUGCCUCCGGGGCGAAGGAGCUGGUCCGGUGCAUCCUUCUCCUUUGUUCUCGGGAAACCCAGCUCCUAGGAUUCGAUGCUAGUGUUCACUGGCACCAGGACUGUCGUUACAUCCGGACGCGGGACGCAGAGGGGAAGGCCAUCUACUACAGACUCUUGAAGCCUUAUCCAAUCUUUCAACACGAAAACAUCAGAUGCAAGGGAACGACCUGCUAUCAGGCCGAAGGACCCAACGGAGACAUAUGUGUACUCAAGGACGCCUGGAAGGACCGCGGCUCGCCACUGGAGAAAGAAAUGCUAGGUUUCACGAAGGACGCAAAAGUGCAGGGCGUCGGAGAAAUGGUCGGGUCUGAGGUCGGAUGGGGGUUAAGAAAUAUUAGGGAGCCAUUCACCCACGAAGUUCGCGAUCUGGUCCAGCUUCGUAUAACGCUGAAGGGAUACGGAAAGUCAAUAGACAACUUCGAGAGUAGAAAGCAGUUGCUCUACGCUUUCCGUGACGCUGUGGCAGGUCACAGGAAUCUUUGGAGGGCCGGAGCUCUACACCGAGACAUCAGCGCCAACAACAUUCUCCUCGGAAAUCACCACGCACCUGAAGGAUGGAGGGGGGUAUUGAUCGACCUAGAAUUUGCGGUCAGGUUGCGAUAUCAUGACAUUCUGCCGCGUGCGUCCGAUAAGACGGGCACGCCGGCCUUCCUGUCAACAAAGAUCUUGCAUUGUCAAACCCCAGGGUCGCCCUGGGAUCCACCCAAGACCCAUACAUACGUUGACGAUCUAUGGGCAUUUCUAUACGUCAUGUAUUGGAUUUGCUUCUCGUUCAGGGCACCACACGAAAUCGUAACUCCCCUCCCGCAAAUUCUCAAGGACUUCGACGCUACAGACGCGGCGUUGGCGAUUCGGGCCAAAGAAUGGCUAUUUAUCGACGGGAUAAAGGCCCUCGACACAUUCGUGACGCCCUUCUUCGGCGACGUAUUCCGGAGGUUAAUCCUCGCGCUGCAAGAUUUCCUCUUGCUCGCAGAGUCCAGCCUCGCCGACCCCGGCCUGGCUGGGCCAACAGGGGAUAUCAGGAAGGGUUGUCUCUACAACAUCUCCGAGGACCACUACGAAGAAUUUUUGGCGAUCGUAGACCGGGCGACUGCAGACCUGGAGAAGGAGACGCGGCGUGGGUCCGAGGUAGCGGCGGAGGUAUCGGUCCCGGCAAGUCAUGGCGUCGGCCCCGAAGCCGAGGCCCGACAGGAAGCGCCGUUGGCGCCUAUUUCGCUGAACAGGCCACAUGGGAUUAGGCGAAACCGAGAGAUAGGGGAUGGAGAUGAUGAGAACAAUGGGCCUAGGACGAGGAGAGUGAAGCAAGCCCAUCGACCUUGGGAACUUUAA